CAUUUAGUAUUGAGACCUUAAAACGUUCUUGACGUGGAUAUAUUGACCACGCGAUAAACUAAACGUUUUGUAAAGGGCAAUAUACAGUUGGUCACAAUCGUUUGCAGCCCCAUUUAAUCCUUUCCCAUAAUGCACCGUGCCUGCACAGUUGUGUUUCCUGUUUACCGUUGUGACGCUUUUGUUUGGCUUUUGUAUCUUUAUUGUCGAGGUUUCAAGUAGAUUUCUUUGGAUUUCUUUUGCCGCGAUUGAUCAGAGAAGGCGAGUUUAUAAAUAAACGAGCCUAAUGUAAACACGCGAAACUGCGAGACUUCGCGGAGUCCCGCUGAUGAGGAAAUACCCCGCGCGCGCACGAGCGCGAGCGUCCGCUUUCACGUCACACUUCGACAUACUGACAGAUUUCGGACGAACUGCAGAACGAUUCUACAGGACGUUCUCUAUACAGAGCGAUUCUUCUGAACGGUCUCCGAAUGUCGGAAUUAUUCUUCAGAACGUUCUUUAAAUGAUUUGCUGAGGUGUAAAUCAAGCCUGGAAUAGUUGCAGCCCCCCAGUGAGAAAACACCAGAAGGGCCGUGAAGAUCAGCCCUGAUGGAAGAGACAGAAACAGAGCUGACCUGCUCCGAGCAGGACGCUUUAGGAGCAGACUUCAUCACGGUGGAACUUGACACCCAGCCCAUCGAAUAUGUGGUCAAGUGGGCCGAGGUGGGCUCGAAAUUCACUUUAACCUGUGUAAAAAAGGAUUUGGACGAGGCUGCCUGCUUCCCCUCCGAUCAGAUGGUCAAAGUGGAACCGGACGAGACGUUCUUUGUCCCUUACGAAGCGGUGUACCCAGAAUGUGAUGAUGCAGAUCCAGAUUGGAUUGCGACGCAUGAGGAGGAGGUGGGCAGCGAGUCAGACUUCAACGACAACACAGAAGCGGGGAAUAGCCAACUGUGCGAAGAAGUGGACGUUUCGGAUAUCUGCUGGGAGAAGGAAGUGUCUCCUGCUCGAGCGUAUAACUGCCGCUUCUGUGGCAAGAGCUACAGCCACUCCUCCAGUCUCGCUCGGCAUCUGCACGUACACUCGGACGGAUCGUCCCUCUCGUCCUCUAAAGGUUUCGGCAAGUCGUGCGACAGCAAAAAGUCUCUCCAGUGCAAUCUCUGCGGGGUGCGGUGCAACGGCAAGCGGCUUUUGGCGAUACACAAGAAAUGCCACAAAACCAAGAGACUGCACACGUGCAACACAUGCGGAAAAUCAUUCAAUCACAGCUCGAGUCUGUCGCGGCAUCGGUUGAUCCAUAAAAAAGGCCUGGAUAAGAACGUCAGAGCGUUAUACCCGACUCCAACCCCAGCUCCCUUCGUAACCCAGCACAGGUUCCCAUCUGGCCACGGCACGAGUAAAAGGACGGCCGAGAAGCAGUACCAGUGCGCACAAUGCGACAGGGUCUUCAGCCACUCGGCGGGACUCUCCAAGCACCAGGUGGCGCACGUGAGACAGCUGCUCAACUCGUACACACACGACAAAGACUCCCUCGAAGAGUCCUCGGACCUCAAGAUCCGCUUGAAGCUCUGCUCCCGCGACAAGCCCAACUACUACACGCUGUGCAAGAAGAACAAGCACGGUAAAGGGGGCAAGAAGAGGUUGUGGCUGCCCAACGAGGAGCGGCCGUACCCCUGCCGGAUUUGCAGCAAACGCUUCAGCCACACGGCCAGCCUCACGCGGCACGAGCACACACACGCCAGCAUCAAGUGCUACGCCUGCAACGUCUGCAAGAAGACCUUCAUGCGGCUCUCCAACCUCAAGCAGCACCAGCAAACACACGCUACGGGAAAACUCUACAAGUGCCCACAGUGCGGGAAAACUUUCGUCCACUCCUCCAGCUUCUCGCGCCAUAAGAAGGUCCACGCGGCGAUGAGCCUGUCUGUGAAACAGGAAGACGUUAUGUGCGAAGAGGAACUGGUCAUCGAUGAGGUGGCCUCGCUGGAAUAUGAGUCCGAGUGAGAAAGACCGAGACUCUGUCGAGGCUUUUAUUAUUUUUUUGUUUUUUUUUUGUUUACCCCUCAUUCUUAUUUUGCGAAAUUGUAUUUUGGGUGUGGCAUCACUGGCCAUGUGGUUCCGAUUGAAUAUUAUUGUAAUUAUUAUAACCCUUUUCAGCCACCUUUUGGGGAUACAGUAGCCUCCUUUGUUGAUGUAAAAAGUGUUUUUGUUUUUUUUUGGUUGACAUUCCGUUUUGUUUUGUUAAUUCGGUUUAUUUGCAAGCCAAAUUGUGUAAUUUAAAAGGAGGAAAGCGGAUGGCAUUGGCAAUGCAGGUGUUAUUUAUUUACAUUUUUAAAAUAAAGUAAUAAAGUACUUUUUGGAGUAGAAGGGGUGACGGGGAAAGUUAAUAUAACAUUCAAGUUUGUUAGUACUUGAGUUUUGUGUGCAAGAAGUACAUUUAAAUACAAUUUACUUGAACGUUGUUCCAUUGAGUGUGCGGUUUGAAUCAGUUAUUUCUCAUGUAAUUAUAUUUAGUGACCUUAUUUCUUAGACCAACUAGUUGAAGGCAUUUCUCACCUGAAGUCUGGAGACUGUUUGCUGUUUGGUUUUAUGGGAUAUAUAAAAAAAAAAAGUGUAUACAGUUCCAGUGUAAACCGCUGGAUGUGUGCAAAUGGAGGAGCUGUACUCCGGACUUACAAGUGUUUUGAUUGUUCUGGAUUCGACUAGUUUCCUCAACAUGUUGUCUUUGGUACUUAUUUCCAUUUUGAUGUUAUGAAAUCCAUUGUGUCCAUGGAGGGUAUUUAUAUAUAUAUAUAUAUAUAUAUAUAUAAAAAUAAUAAUAAAAAAAGAAGAUGCUUAUUGGACAUGGACAUGUAUAGCUGCACUUAAAAUAUUGUUCAUAUUAUUUGUGUGUGUGUGUGAACUUGAAUGAAUAUGAGAAAAGAAUAAACCUGCAAAAUGUGUGCUUUUUACUUCUGCUGUAUAUGUGUAAAAAGUUGCAGUUGCAAAAAGAAGUUCUAUCUGAUUUAUUUUUCUGUAUCUGCAUAAGUUAAGGAAUAGCCAAGGGAUUUCAAAUUUGAACAAGCAUUGCACUAUUGUAUUUAUAGACAGAAGCACUACAUAUUUAGGAAAUUGGAACGCGAUUUUUUGAUCUCCCGGUCAAAACCUCAAACUAAUGAGUGCCCUCAGCGCCUUUGUGUGAGACCAGUGCUCUUCAAUGCAGCACGGGAGACCUGCUCGUCAGAGGUGUUUAAUCAGCCUCAUGUUCGAUGUUCAUACGCGUGUGGACCUCUGCUAACUAUUUGCUAUCUGAAUGGAAAUUGAAUUGCAAUUACUAACCUAUUAAUGAUGUUUGAAGAUGAGAUGUUGGGGGGUGUUGAGACGCUCGUAUGAAGCACAGGACACACUGUAACACCCAGAAUGAUGUUAUUAAAAAAGAAAAAAGCUCUUUGUACUCUGUAAUUUUUUGAGUUCCUAUUUGUUUUUAAAUAUUGCCAUUGUUCUUAAAGCAUAAGUCAUAUCCCACGGCCUUAUGGAUCUUUAAUUGCCAUUGUUUUGAAUCCUUUCAAAUAAUAUAAGGUUUAUCGCUCUCCAUUUUUCUUUUUCGAUUGCUGUAGCUAUCUCAUCUCUCAAUGCAGCAGACCUACAUCUUAUAAAAAGAUGUAUGUUUUUGUAUUGUGUUUGCCAUUAGAUAACAGUUUAAGAGUUCUGUCUUGCAUUUUUGUAAUAAACAAUUGGUUCAUGAA